AAUAGUAUAGCAGGUGUAAAAUUUUGGGAUGAGAAAUAAAUAGCGUCCCUCUCAAUGUCAUCCAUGUUUUUAAGGGCGUGAAUUUUGGGUGAUUGAUUGAAGCUCUGUAUGCUUCGUGACCUUUUCCGUUGAGGCGGUGGCGGAGACACCGUUCAUAUGGUGGCGAUGUUGGUGGUUACGGCGGCGUGAUUCGAGAUGUAAAGGCGAUCUAGGGUUUCACGGUGAACGAUUUUGGGGAAUAUGGUCGCCAUUUUCGAGUUUUCCCGUGUUUCCCCGAUCUGAUCCUUUUCUUUUCCGAUCUGACAUUUGAGAGAGCUCACGCUGAAUUGUGGACUACUUUCUGUUCGAUCGAGGCGUUUUAUUACGCAAAUUGUAGAGGGUGGGAUUGAUUUGAAUGCUCAUUCGAGAUGUCCUUCAAAAGCAUUGUACGAGAGCUGAGGGAGAUGAAAGAUGGGAUUGGGAACAUAUCAAGACGAGGGGUGGAAGGCAAGCGUUGGCGCUGCCGAACACGAUCACAUAUAGCCCCUGAUGUGGCCCCAUCCGAGCCGAUUCAACAAGGCCAGUGGGCAAACUUACCACCGGAACUACUUCUGGAUAUAAUCCAGCGGGUUGAAGAAAGUGAAGCUUCAUGGCCUGCUAGGAACAACGUUGUUUCCUGUGCAUCAGUUUGCAAGUCAUGGAGGGAGAUUACUAAGGAGAUUGUGAAGACCCCAGAGGAAUGUGGCAGACUCACCUUCCCUAUUUCAUUGAAACAGCCGGGACCUCGUGAUGCUCCGAUUCAGUGCUUUAUUAAAAGGGAAAGAGCAACUUCCAUAUAUCGUCUGUACUUUGGUCUGGCCCCUUCCGAGGAUGACAGCGAUAAAUUGUUGUUAGCAGCUAAAAAGAUCAGAAGGGCAACGGGCACUGAAUUUGUGAUAUCUUUGGUUGUGGAUGAUUUUUCUCGAGCCAGUAAUGCAUAUGUUGCAAGACUGAGGUCUAAUUUUCUGGGCACCAAGUUUACAGUUUCUGACAGCCAACCCUCAAAUGAUACUGCAGCUCAACUGAAUAGUCGGUCAAGUCGGAGAUUUCAUGCUAAGCAAGUAUCUCCAAAAUUACCUGCAUGUAACUACAGUGUAGCUACUAUUUCGUAUGAGCUCAAUGUCCUCCGCACUAGAGGCCCUAGGAGAAUGCGAUCUGUCAUGCAUUCUAUUCCUGUCUCAUCAAUUCAGGAGGGCGGUACUGCCCCCACACCAACAUCGUUCGCACUUUCUUUUGAUGAGAAAUAUUCUCCAUCACCAGCAUCAAAAGGAAAGAACUCGGUCACUGAUGUCAGCUCCCCAUGCCUCACAGCAUCUCCAGUAUCUGUCCCAGUCUCUAGAGAGCCAUUGACGCUAAAAAACAAAGCUCCUAGAUGGCAUGAGCAACUACAGUGCUGGUGCCUGAAUUUCAGAGGUCGUGUUACAGUUGCUUCUGUUAAGAAUUUCCAGCUUGUAGCAUCUGUUGAUCCUUCUCACAAUGUAUCAGCCACAGAGCAAGAAAAAGUAAUUUUGCAAUUUGGAAAGAUUGGAAAAGACAUUUUCACUAUGGAUUAUUGCUAUCCAUUGUCUGCCUUCCAAGCCUUUGCCAUCUGCCUGAGCAGCUUUGACACUAAACCAGCCUGUGAAUGACAUCCAUGUGGACAUCCAUGUGGGUUGCAUUCUUUUGCUAAGUUGCUUCCAUAAAGUUGAAGUAUGUUUAUUCUCGGCAUGGAAAGCUCAUCUUGAACGGCCGUAUAUUUAUUAUAACUGACAACCUUACUGGUAGCUUGUAGUUUAUCUGAUAUCAUUUUGGAUAAAAAAAAUUUCGCAUUUUUUAUGUGUCUUAUAUGCUUGGUCGCGUGUGGAAAAUGUUUUUCCACACUUCUUAAGGUUUGCUCUCACUCUGGCAUUAUUGAUAUUCAAUGUAACAAUGAGAGCAGUGAUUUAUAUCCAUUUAGUCACAAGGUGAUGACUCUUCCUGGGAUUGUUUAUGACUUGAUGCAUACUAAAUGUACUCUUUAUCUUGUAAAUUGCUCAAGGCACUGUUUCAAUCCACAGUAUUUUAUCUGUA